CUGUCUCCAAACCGCGAUCCUGAGAUCUCAGCCUCCUGAGAUACCUUAAUCUGUGAACGUCUUAAUUCUUCAUCUCGGAACCCCUUCCUGGCAUGAGUCUGGCUUUUCUGUGCGCGGACUGGGCGGCCCCGGCUCUAGGGUCCCUAGGUGGCAGACAUGGAAUUGGGCCUUCUAUCUAUAGCGAUGGGGGAGGGGCUGCUGCUGGGAUCUGGGCCUGGGCUGGGGUGUCAAGGAGAAGUGACAAAUGGACUUACCGCCGAGCGGCUGUCGUCCAAGCGAUGGCCUCCUGCGCCGGGGCCUCCUCGCCGAACCUCAGGGGGCGCCUGGGGCCCCGCCGUGCCGGGCAGUGGGGGGGACAACAGCGGGCGUUGCCAGGACGACGAAGCACUGGUCCAGGCUGCGGCAGCCGACAGGUGGCCUGGUGGAUGAAUGCACGGGGGAGGCGCCUGGGCGCCGGCUGGGGCGGGAGGCGCCAGCGCAGCGCGCGGCCGGGGCGGGGCGGAGCCGGCGCGUGCGGGGGAGCGCGAGGCCCCCGCGGCCCCCCGAGGCCCCCGCGGCCGGGGUCGGGAGAUGCCGAGGCCGUGGCGUGAUUUCCGGCAAGUGCCGCGCGGACGGCGACGCCGGAGCCCCUGGGAGCUCCGCAGGGAGUUGGUUUCCGGUUGUGGGGCCGAGGCGCGUACCGGGGGUCUCCGGGCUGCAUCGGGGCGCACCCGGAGGCGCGUCCAGGCACCCCGCUGCCAGCCAUGGGGAACUCCUUGCCGGGAGAGCACGUCCCGGCUCGGCAAGGCAGUGCGGCCGCGGCCCCGCGGCCCCUCGGCCCGGCGGGGUACGCUCGCGGAGCCCGAUGCGCGGCCGGCUGUGCGGCCGAUGUGGCCGCGGCCCCGGCCCCACUCCGUCCGGGCCCAUGCCCCGGCCCCGCUGCCCCCCUGCGCCCUCCCGGUCACCCGGUGCGGUUAAUGCAGAAGGUCAAGAAGUUACGCGUGGACAAGGAGUUCGCGGGAAGUUGGCCGAGCUUCUCACUGCCUUCUGAGGGGACCGAGGGGACCGAGAGGAUGUCUGGGGCUGUGCCCACGGAGCAGGCUGCGGGCGACAUGGAUGAGGCGGCCAGCCGCUUCCAGGUGCAGAAGCACUCGUGGGACGGCCUCCGGGGCAUCAUCCACGGGAGCCGCAAGUACUCGGGCCUCAUUGUCAACAAGGCCCCUCAUGACUUUCAGUUUGUGCAGAAGACGGACGAGUCCGGCCCCCACUCCCACCGCCUCUACUACCUAGGGAUGCCUUAUGGCAGCCGGGAGAACUCACUCCUCUACUCUGAGAUCCCCAAGAAGGUCCGCAAAGAGGCCCAGCUGCUGCUGACCUGGAAGCAGAUGCUGGACCACUUCCAGGCCACGCCACACCAUGGGGUAUACUCCAGGGAGGAGGAGCUGCUCCGGGAGCGGAAGCGCCUGGGUGUGUUCGGCAUCACCUCCUACGACUUCCACAGCGCCAGCGGCCUCUUCCUCUUCCAGGCCAGCAACAGCCUCUUCCACUGCCGUGACGGGGGCAAGAACGGCUUCAUGGUGACACCCAUGAAGCCACUGGAGAUCAAGACCCAGUGCUCAGGGCCCCGGAUGGACCCCAAAAUCUGCCCCGCCGACCCCGCCUUCUUCUCCUUCAUCAACAACAGUGACCUGUGGGUGGCCAAUAUCGAGACGGGCGAGGAGCGGCGCCUCACCUUCUGCCACCGAGGAUCAUCCAGUGUCCUGGACGACCCCAAGUCUGCAGGCGUGGCCACCUUCGUCAUCCAGGAGGAGUUCGAUCGCUUUACAGGGUGCUGGUGGUGCCCCACGGCCUCCUGGGAAGGCUCUGAAGGCCUGAAGACGCUGCGGAUCCUGUAUGAGGAGGUGGACGAGUCUGAGGUGGAGGUCAUCCAUGUCCCCUCGCCGGCCCUGGAGGAGAGGAAGACUGACUCCUACCGCUACCCCAGGACAGGCAGCAAGAACCCGAAGAUCGCCUUGAAGCUGGCCGAGUUCCAGACGGACAAUCAGGGCAAGAUUGUUGCAGCCCAAGAAAAGGAGCUGGUGCAGCCCUUCAGCUCCCUCUUCCCCACGGUGGAGUACAUCGCCAGGGCUGGGUGGACACGCGAUGGCAAGUACGCCUGGGCCAUGUUCCUGGACCGACCCCAGCAACGGCUCCAGCUGGUGCUCCUGCCCCCGGCCCUGUUCAUCCCAACCCCCGAGAGCGAGGCACAGCGGCUGGCCUUUGCCCGGGCCGUCCCCAAGGACGUCCAGCCCUAUGUGGUGUACGAGGAGGUCACCAACGUCUGGAUCAACGUGCACGACAUCUUCUACCCCUUCCCGCAGGAGGACGGCCAGGAGGAAUUCUGCUUCCUCCGUGCCAACGAGUGCAAGACUGGCUUCUGCCACCUGUACAAGGUCACUGUUGUCCUCCAGCCCAAUGGCUAUGACUGGACUGAGCUGCUCAGCCCCCAGAAAGAUGAAUUUAAAUGCCCCAUCAAAGAGGAGAUUGCGCUGACCAGUGGCGAGUGGGAGGUCCUGGCCAGGCACGGCUCCAAGAUCUGGGUCAAUGAGGAGACCAAGCUGGUGUACUUCCAAGGCACAAAGGACACGCCGCUGGAGCACCACCUCUACGUGGUCAGCUACGAGUCGGGUGGCGGCGAGAUCGUGCGCCUCACCACACCCGGCUUCUCCCACAGCUGCUCCAUGAGCCAGAACUUCGACAUGUUCGUCAGCCACUACAGCAGCGUGAGCACGCCACCCUGCGUGCACGUGUACAAGCUGAGCGGGCCCGACGACGACCCCCUGCACAAGCAGCCGCGUUUCUGGGCCAGCAUGAUGGAGGCGGCCAGCUGCCCCCCGGAUUACGUGCCUCCAGAAAUCUUCCAUUUUCAUACGCGAUCGUCCGUCCAGCUCUACGGCAUGAUCUACAAGCCGCACGCCCUGCAGCCGGGGAAGAAGCACCCCACCGUGCUCUUCGUGUAUGGGGGCCCGCAGGUACAGCUGGUGAACAACUCCUUCAAAGGAAUCAAGUAUCUACGGCUCAACACACUGGCGUCUCUGGGGUACGCCGUGGUGGUGAUUGACGGCCGGGGCUCAUGUCAGAGAGGGCUUCGCUUCGAAGGGGCCCUGAAAAACCAAAUGGGCCAGGUGGAGAUCGAGGACCAGGUGGAGGGCUUGCAGUUCGUGGCGCAGAAGUACGGCUUCAUCGACAUGAGCCGCGUCGCCAUCCACGGCUGGUCCUACGGAGGCUUCCUCUCACUCAUGGGGCUCAUCCACAAGCCCCAGGUGUUCAAGGUAGCCAUCGCGGGCGCCCCGGUCACCGUGUGGAUGGCCUACGACACAGGGUACACGGAGCGCUACAUGGACGUCCCUGAGAACAACCAGCAGGGCUAUGAGGCAGGCUCCGUGGCCCUGCACGUGGAGAAGCUGCCCAACGAGCCCAACCGGCUGCUCAUCCUCCACGGCUUCCUCGACGAGAACGUGCACUUUUUCCACACCAACUUCCUCGUGUCCCAGCUCAUCCGGGCGGGGAAGCCCUACCAGCUCCAGAUCUACCCCAACGAGAGACACAGCAUUCGCUGCCCCGAGUCGGGAGAGCACUAUGAAGUCACACUGCUAUACUUCCUACAAGAGCACCUCUGAGCCCCCGCCUGCGAGCCCCACCCAGCCUUCACGACCCAGUGCAUCUGGACGGCGGGAGGAGCGCGUGGCCCGCGGCCCCCUCCUCCCGCCACCCCGCUGGACAGCGGUGGCCGCCCUGCGCCUGGCCACCGCCUCCACCCUGACGCCUUUCGUCCUCACUGGCGCUCCUGGUUUCGUGGCUGCUUCUCAAUUACCAGGACACAGUGACAGUGGCUGGCCUCCUCGAGGUGCUGCCUGGUGCCAUCCCCUCCUAGUCCCCUGUUGUCAGGGAGGUGGGGCCCCCUUGUCCCCCCACCUCCUCACCCCUGCUGGAAGGGCUGCCGCUCGGGCACCUUGGCCAAAAGACACUCGGAGGAGCUGGGCUGGUCAGCCGGCCACCAGAGGCCUGGGCACCCCCAGUGUGGCUCCCAUGGCCACGUGGCCCCCUGGCCCGGCCAGCCGCCAUCCCCAGCACACAAGCAUGCAGUGCCUGUCCUUCCCGCCAGCUCCCACUUCAUUUUCGUGUUGUGUCUUAGGGGGCAUUUUAAACAAUUAUUUAAAGACAGAAAGCAAAGAGUACCUAACUCUAGACUUGGGGUCUGCCACUGGGCAGUGGUGCUCCAGCCCAGCACUGGAGGUGGAAUGCAGAGAGCAUGAAGGGUCAGGCGCGCAGCUGGCGCACAGGGCAGCCCCCCGCUCCCCCCACCCCAGCCGUCCAGCUCCGUGUGUGUCUGCGUGGCCCUGUGCCUGCCCUGGGGUCCGGGGUUGAACCUCCCCCACCCUAGGGUCAUCCCCCGUUCCUGACCCUCCCCGCCAAGAGUUUGGGCAUAAAGAAGGAAAAAGGAAAACAACCCAGAAUCCCUCUACAUAUUAUGGAAAGAAAAUAUUUUUGUCAUUCUUAUUCUUUUAUAAUUAUGCGUGUAAGAAGUAGACUCAUUAAACGAUUCCAGAUGGAAAUAC